AUGAGCCGGCAACAGCCACCGAGGAAUCAAACCCAAGAACAAGAACCCAUGAAGUAUGGAGACGUUUUCCCCCUCCUGGGGGACCUUGCUUGCCAGCCCGUUGCCCCCCAGGAUGCUUCUAUGAUGCAGACGGCUGAGAACCUCGUGCUGGGACAGACCCAGAAAGGUGGCUCCGCUCCCAUCAUGCAGUCUGCGGCUGCACGUAAUGAGCGGAUUGGUGCUGUGAGCCACACCGACAUCACCGAUUCUGCUGCGGAACAGGGCAUGACCGUCGUUGAGACUGAUGUCCCGGGCCAGAGGAUCAUUUUCGAGUCCGUCGCUGGGCAGGUCGUGAGAAGGUGUGCGCAGCCUGCACCCUUGACUAUGACGUCCCCAGCAUCAGCUUUAGAAAGCGAUGCCAUAACCAUCGGGCAGGCGUCGGAGGCAUCUGCGCUGACAGAUGGAGACAAGCCCGUAGACCAGAGCGAUGCCGCUGCGAUACAGGCAGCAGAAGUGAGAGCGGCCGGCAGGAAUGUUGUCACCCCUAGAGGAAUCGCUGCUUCAGCACGGUCCGCAGCGACACUCAAUGUGAGGACGAUGCGUGAUGAGGACGAGACUAAGUUGGCGGACGUUCUGACGGAUGCGACAAUGAAGCUGCCAGCGGACAAAGCAGCAACCAGACAGGAUGCAGGAGUGAUAGGUGCGGAGCUCCGAAACAAUCCUAGUUUGGCCACCCAUCCUGGCGGUGUGGCUGCCUGUGUCGCAGCCGCUGCUCGGCUCAACCAAAACAAGUAGAUAUUAAGAAUCCAUGGUAAUGGAUUGUUGUAUACGUAUGUAGAUGCAUGCAUGCAUUAAUGUUGAGGUGUUCUGUUCUCUGUCUUAGUAAUAGACAGCCAGCUAUAGUUCCGCUCUUUG